CGAUGGCGACUGGGACGCCAGACUCGCAAGCGCGAUUUGGUCAGUCCGUGAAGGGACUGCUGACGGAAAAGGUGAACACUUGUGGUACUGACGUGAUAGCGCUCACGAAACAAGUGCUGAAGGGCUCGCGGAGCUCUGAGCUGCUGGGUCAGGCAGCUCGGAACAUGGUGCUCCAGGAAGACGCCAUCUUGCACUCGGAAGAUAGCUUAAGGAAAAUGGCCAUAAUCACCACACAUCUUCAGUACCAGCAAGAAGCUAUUCAGAAAAAUGUUGAACAGUCGUUGGAUCUACAGGACCAGUUGAAUCAUCUGUUAAAAUAGGACAGCUCACCAGAGGGCAGAGACAUUUCAGGCCUCGUGCUGAGGAGAAGCGAGCUCUGGAAGGCCUUGUGCUGUGUGUUGAUUGUCCCACCUUGGCCAGACUUUGUAGAUGAGAUUUGUGGAUGAUGUGUAGUUUCUCCUGAGGGAAGUUAGGUAGUUGCUUUGGAGGUACUUCAUGAAUUGCAUUAACCCCAUGUCCUUAUUGAAUUAUUUAUGUUUUGAAUUUUUGGAGGGGUUGGUUUGGGGCUAUACCUGACACUGCUCAGGAUACUGAAUAUUGAAUUUGGCAAGUGCCCUUCCUGCUGUACUGGCUCUCUGGGCCUCUUAUUGAAUGGUUAAAUGUCUUUUUUUAUUUGUUUGUUUGGUUUUGGGGCUAUACCUGGUGGUGGUCAGGUAUUAUUCCUCGAUCUGCACUCAGAAAUUAC